AUGAAUGUUAGGGUUUUGUUUCUGGCUUUCCUUCUCCUCGCAUCUCCUCUUCUUCUUCAAGUUGCAAGAUGUCAGGUAGAUUCGGAGGAUCAUUCGAGUAUUGUUGACGAUGUGGUGGGAGAACACAGCGAUUCUGGUGCUGAGGAAGAUGAUCAGGAUUUGGAUGUCAACUUGACCUCUGCUCCUGGAGUUGAGACUCUCUCUAUUUUCCCCAAAAACAGUGGCAAAGUGGUUCCAGCUGGAGAAAACACUGAGCUUCUUGUUGCUCUCAGAAACGAUGGCAAAUCUAGGGUUGGUGUGAUGGGGAUUAGGGCCAGCGUCCAUCUUCCUUAUGAUCAUAAGAUGUUGGUUCAGAAUCUCACCAUGCUGAGAUUCAACAAUGCGUCCAUCCCAACUUCUGUUCAAGCAACCUUCUCCUACAACGUUGCAGUCAGCCAGUACCUGCAGCCUGGAGCAUUUGAUCUGGUGGGUUAUAUCAUCUACGACGUGGAAGGCAAGCCGUACCAGAGUGUCUUCUACAAUGGGACCAUUGAAGUAGUUGAAUCUGGAGGUCUUCUCAGCGGUGAGUCUGUCUUCCUCAUAACACUUGGGCUUGCUCUCCUCAUCCUCCUCGGUCUAUGGGCAUACAGCCAAGUACAGCGUCUCACCAAGAAAACCAAAAAGGUGUCAAAGGUGGAAGUAGGAACCAGGUCUACCGACGCAUCACUGGACGAAUGGCUCGAGGGAACUCAUUUGGCCAAGACAUUGUCAGGGAAAUCAAAGAGCAAGAAGAACUAA